GCCGGAGCUAACAAAGACUUGGCGGACAAUAGGGGCACGACGCCGCUCCAUGCGGCCGUGGGCCAAGGUUACACUGGUACCGCGCGCAUGCUCCUGGAGGCUGGAGCUAACGUCGACCUGCUCGACAGGGAUCGAAAGACAGCUCUUCACUUAGCAUGUUCCCGAAACAACGUGGAUGCUGUGCGCGAUCUGUUGGCAGCCGGCGCAAGUAUAGACCUGGCAGAUGGGCAUGACAGGAAAGCGCUGGAUUUGGCAUAUUCGAAGGAUUAUGUGGAGGUAGUCUGUCUCUUGUUAGCUACUGGGGCCGAUGAGGCCUGGAUUCGAAGCAACCUUAGCGACGACGGCAAUGGAACUGUCUUACACUGGGCAGCCGAAAAGGGACGUGCGGAUGCCGUGCAAUCGCUGCUACGCGCAGGAGUGGACAAGGAUUUGACCGACUGCCGUGGCAGGACAGCUCUCCACUUGGCGUCGGACGCGGGUGAUGUCGGCGUGGUGCGUUGCCUGCUGGAGGCCACGGCUUCGAUGGACAUGGCCGAUCACCGCGGCAUGACGGCACUGCAUUAUGCGGCCGGGCGCGGCCGCAAGGAGGUUGCGAGCUUGCUGUUGCAGGCCAGAGUUUUGUGCCCUUAUAAAGUUGCCUUAGAGUAUGGAAUGGUAUAG